CAACCCUUGAUGAAAUAUCAGAAACGGAAGUUGAGUUUAUUAUAAAUCAUAAUCGACUACCUCUGCCUGUUUUAACAAGGAAUGGUGCACCUACAUUGUUAUCCGUUGGACCAACUGCACAGAUAUUUAAAGAACCUAGCUCGAACAAAUUAAUUUCAAUAAUAAAUCGACCACGUUCUUCUAAAA